AUGGACCCAGCACCCAGAAUCCCACCACCGACGGAGGACGCGCUCGCCGUUCCCCCUUCCGAGGUGGAGGCGGAGCAGCACCACCACCACAUGUACAUCUUCGCUCGGUUGCGGCGGGUCCUUCCCCCACCCUCUCGGCGACGGUUAAAUGCCGUCUACGCGGCGAUGAUGAUAGCCAUGCUCAACUACCUAGUCAUGUCGCUAAUCUACACCACGGCCUUUGUGGGUUCCAUCAUAGCGGGCCUAUCAAACGUCUGGAUAACCGACCGUAUCGGCUUUGGUCUCGCCUGUGUACUUGGAGCCUUGGCAUACGUUAUAAGCUACCUCCUCUGCGGGACUGGGGCACCAUAUGCCGUCUUCCUGGUCGGGUACGCGUUCAACGGAUUUGGCCUUUCAUUGCUCGAUGCCCAAGUGAAUAAUAUCACUUCCCGCCUCCCGAAUGCCGGUACCAAGAUGGCUUUCGUACAGGCCUGUUUUGGGUUGGGUGGGACCCUAGCACCGUUCCUCUCGACUGCUUUUGCAGCGCACGUCGACAAGGCAUGGUAUUACUACUUUGUGGCCAUGGGUGUUUCGAUGAUUGCCCUGGUGGUGAUGCUGGUGGCGUUUGAUAUGCGGACAGAGGAGCAGCUCAUCCAGCCGGAGAACUGGGAGGCGGGGGAGAAGUUGGAGACGGCGGAGGAGCGGGAGCACGCAGAAGCGGCUGCGGCGGCGGCUGCAUUCAGGCUAUCUGAGUCAGCAGCUGCGCAGGCCGAGCUGAAUGAAAAAAGCGCAGAGGCCAAAUCCGAGACCGAAGCUGAGGCCGAUACCAAAGCCGAGCCCACGCCCACAACCCCACGCUCACCCGCGCCCAAGAAACCCGCAUCCUCGGGACGCAAAAUGAAGCGCAUCUUCGCCACGCCGGCCGUCUGGGCCCUCAUGGGUUUCAGCUUUCUCUACAUCGGUGUCGAGGUCGCCAUCUCCUCCUGGAUGACCUCGUUCCUCAUUGAGAAACGCGGUGGUAACGCCAACUCGGGGUACGCCGUCACCGGUUUCUGGGGAGGUAUGACUGUUGGCCGCGUCGCUCUCCUCCCCAUCACCAAUAGGCUGGGAUACCAGCCGUCCAUCUAUCUUUACUCGGCCAUCGCGCUCGCCCUCGAACUCGUCGUCUGGUUCACCAACAGCCUCGUCGGAAAUGGCGUGUGCUUUGCGUUUGUGGGAUUCUUCCUCGGGCCAGUGUAUCCCAACGCACUUAUGGUCAUUGCUGAGACGCUCGACGACGAUCUGCGUGGCGGCGUCAUGGGGUUGAUGGGGAGUAUUGGGGGCGCUGGAGCCGCUGCGCUCCCCAUGAUGGCCGGGGGGAUUGCCGACCGCUUCGGCAUUUGGACGCUCCAGCCGGUCGCGGUUGCUCUUAUUGCUGCCUACACCGCGCUGUGGGCGACCGUGCCGCGGAAGCGCAUCAAAUCGCUGAUCAGCGAGUAA